CCACAGAUGCAUAUCACAGAACACUGUUCCCCAGCUGGGGUGUGAGGUGACCUGCGUGCUCUCACUGGCCGAUGGCCUGGUGCAGCCUCAGGAGUGUUGAUGGCGGCUAUGAAGGUAUCUGUUCUCGUUCCUAACCCAGCACCUCGUCAUUUCCCAGCUUCCUGGACAAGCUAACUAAUUUGUACAGAAUUUACACAAAAAGAUAGGUUUUGCUUUAUUUCAUCUGAUACCCUAUUUCAUCUGACCUCCAAAUGCCCAUCUCCAGUGGCUGAUCAGGCAUUUCUAUUGGUGCUGGAGCCUUAUGGUCAGGACUUCAGGCCUGGGACAGGCCUCAGGAGGGGUUGCGGGGAGGAGAUAGCACUGAGGCCCCGGACAAAACCAGUCAGCGUCCAGACUGCUUCCCAGGCCUGUGUUGGUUCCUCUCGUGUUUCUUUUUCAUAGCCCUUUACACCUGUCUUUCCUUCCCUCUCUCGUUCUAGCCUGUCAUUUUAUGGAAAUGAAGCAAUUCUAAGACUUGAGAUUUGGGUUCUGUGAUCUUAAUUUUAAAAGCAGAUACACGAACAUAAUUCAUUUUGAAUUUUUGCGUGUAGUUAUGGAAAUAUAGUUAAUCUAUAUUGCUUACUAUGUUCCAAGUACUGUCCUGGUGUUUACAGCUGUGAUAUCUAUAAAAGCCUGGGGUCGCCCAGCAGCCCUGUGAGAUAUUUACCCAGUCGGAGACCCACCAGUCGGCAGCUGCAUCAUUUACGUGCAUACUCUUCUGCGCUUGUGUGUUCUCUAGUCUCCUUGUUUCAGUGUCCGUCUCAGCCCCAUGUUGUCUUCAGACAGACUAUUGAGUAACAAGUUGUUUUGUCUUAGACUGACUGGGAAGAAAUUCCUGCUGGCCAGUUUGCAGUGGCGGUGGGUUGGGGAAGGCUUACCAUGGGGAGCCUGGCCCACUCUGGGUUUUUCUGAUUCCUGGUGAAAGGCCUUCCUCUUUGUUUUUGUUCUGCAUCAUUAAAAGUGUUUUUAAAAGUUCAUUUGAAAUCAUCCAUGAUUGCCAGGAAUCUGUUGACAUGUCUUGACUGUGGACAGACAUGAAGACUUAAAUCUUCCCAGUUCUUUCAUGUGUAAGUUUGGAAGCAGGCCAGGGGUAUGACUUCCUUUCUUCACAGUGCAAGCAUUCAGAUUAUUGCCUCUGCUGCUGGAAGGGUGGUCAGUGUGCUAAGCUAAUGGAUGAACUGUCGUUCUGUCAGUAAGUCAUUGGACAAAUCUCUCGCUCGGACAGAAUUACUGGGAGAUGUGCUCAAAGACCGGCCCCAGGAAGCGGAUGGGAUCGACUCGGUGAUUGUGGUCGACAAUGUUCCUCAGGUGGGACCUGACCGGCUGGAGAAGCUCAAGAACGUCAUCCACAAGAUCUUCUCCAAGUUUGGGAAAAUCACAAAUGACUUUUACCCGGAGGAGGAUGGGAAGACGAAAGGGUACAUUUUCCUGGAGUACGCAUCUCCUGCCCAUGCCUUGGAUGCUGUGAAAAGUGCCGAUGGCUACAAGCUCGACAAGCAGCACACUUUCCGAGUCAACCUCUUCACCGAUUUUGACAAGUACAUGACAAUCAGCGAUGAGUGGGAUAUUCCAGAGAAACAGCCCUUCAAAGACUUGGGGAACUUGCGUUACUGGCUUGAGGAGGCGGAGUGCCGAGAUCAGUACAGUGUGAUCUUUGAGAGCGGGGACCGCACCUCCAUCUUCUGGAACGACGUGAAGGAUCCUGUCUCCAUCGAAGAGAGAGCGCGGUGGACAGAGACAUACGUGCGCUGGUCUCCUAAGGGCACCUACCUGGCGACCUUCCAUCAGCGAGGCAUUGCUCUCUGGGGGGGAGAGAAAUUCAAACAGAUUCAGAGAUUCAGCCACCAGGGGGUUCAGCUCAUUGACUUCUCACCUUGUGAAAGAUACCUGGUGACAUUCAGCCCCCUGAUGGACACACAGGACGACCCUCAGGCCAUCAUCAUCUGGGACAUCCUUACUGGCCAGAAGAAGAGAGGCUUUCACUGUGAAAGCUCAGCCCACUGGCCUAUUUUCAAGUGGAGCCAUGAUGGUAAAUUCUUUGCCAGAAUGACACUCGACACCCUCAGCAUCUAUGAAACUCCUUCUAUGGGUCUCCUGGACAAGAAGAGCUUGAAGAUCUCUGGCAUCAAAGACUUUUCCUGGUCUCCUGGUGGUAACAUAAUAGCCUUUUGGGUACCUGAAGACAAGGAUAUCCCAGCGCGGGUCACCCUGAUGCAGCUCCCCAGCAGACAGGAGAUCCGAGUCAGGAACCUGUUCAAUGUCGUGGAUUGUAAGCUGCACUGGCAGAAAAACGGAGACUACUUGUGUGUCAAAGUAGAUAGGACUCCAAAAGGCACCCAGGGUGUUGUCACAAAUUUUGAAAUUUUCCGAAUGAGGGAAAAGCAGGUACCUGUCGAUGUGGUGGAAAUGAAAGAGCCCAUCAUCGCCUUUGCCUGGGAGCCUAAUGGGAGCAAGUUCGCAGUGCUGCACGGAGAGGCCCCUCGGAUAUCUGUGUCCUUCUACCACGUGAAGAGCAACGGGAAGAUCGAGCUCAUCAAGAUGUUCGACAAGCAGCAGGCAAACACCAUCUUCUGGAGCCCCCAGGGGCAGUUUGUGGUGCUGGCUGGUCUGAGGAGCAUGAAUGGCGCCUUGGCAUUUGUGGACACGUCGGACUGCACGGUCAUGAACAUUGCUGAGCACUACAUGGCCUCCGACGUGGAGUGGGACCCCACGGGCCGUUAUGUCAUCACUUCUGUGUCCUGGUGGAGUCAUAAGGUGGACAACGCCUACUGGCUGUGGACCUUCCAGGGCCGCCUCCUGCAGAAAAACAACAAGGACCGCUUCUGCCAGCUGCUGUGGCGGCCACGGCCCCCGACACUCCUGAGCCAGGACCAGAUCAAGCAAAUUAGAAAAGACCUGAAGAAAUACUCCAAGAUCUUUGAACAGAAGGAUCGUCUGAGCCAGUCCAAAGCCUCGAAGGAACUGGUGGAGAGGAGACGCACCAUGAUGGAGGACUUCCGCAAGUACCGGAAGAUGGCCCAGGAGCUCUACAUGGAGCAGAAAAACGAACGUCUGGAAUUGCGAGGAGGUGUGGACACUGACGAGCUGGACAGCAACGUGGAUGACUGGGAGGAGGAGACCAUUGAGUUUUUUGUCACAGAAGAAAUUUUUCCUCUUGGAAGUCAGGAGUGACCGAGAGCACUGUGCGCCACCUCGUGCCGGAACCGGGUCAUCCCUGCAGACAGCCUGCGCGGUUCUGAGUUCCCUAUGCUUCCUACUCUCGACCUACUGCGCCUGGGAUGCCCGUCUCCAGAGUUGUGCCUUUCACCCCUGGCGUCCGGUGGGCGGUUUUAAGGCACUGCUCUCAGUCUUCUCCUGUUUGGUUUCUACGUCACCACCAGUGUUUGUUACUGAGACUCCACCUCGGCCUCCCUGCGGGGACUCUGUCCCGUGGGCGUGGACACUGCAGGGGAGCAGUGUGCCUCCUGUGUCCCCGCCUGCGUGGCACCUCAGCCAUGGGCCCGCAUUCAGGUUGUGGCAGGUCUCAGUGGGCUGAACGUGGAAAUAAAGCAAACCUGUACGAACCAGCUGUCUUUCCUCGUCUUUAAACGUAGGUAGCGACUGAUCUAGUGCCUCUCCCUGCCCCCGGCAGUAAGGCCACUGCGGGGCUCGGUCCCUCGGUCACGUGCUCAUGGCAGCCGUGGCAAGCAGGGACACCCCCUUGUGGUUCUGUCCUGUGUGCAGCCGAGCUCUGGGAAGUAACGCACUGUCCAGUCCAGAAACGGUGUGUUCCGGUGUUUUCCGUGCUUGUCACCUGACCUGACAGAAGACCCCGCUGACCCUCCCUGGGAGGCCUUCAGGUUUGGAGUUGUGUCGAGCUGUCACCUUAGCUGCUAUUUUGUGGUCCUCUGAAUACUUAACUUCCCCACUGAGAAGGGAGUGAGCACAGCGUGUGGUUCGGCCCACUUUCAUUGGCUGUGGCAGCUUCUGACCGACCGGCCUUGUCUCCCGGGGCCCGGAGCUCAGUCUUUGAGCAGUGAGGCAGGGACGGGCCCUCGGAGUUCACGAUGGCUGCGAUGUGUACGGGCCUCUGACGUUCUGUGGUUGGAGGAUCAGCUGUGUGGGCCAGAAGGCGGGACGCCUGCCCCCGUCGCUCGGCAGGUUCGUGCCGACCUCCUCGGGCUCCACAGUGACUGCUGGAGCCCGUGGCUGCCCAGCUAACUCUGGGUCCCUGAGGGACACGUUUGUAUUUGUCCUUGGAGCCUUAAGUGUCCUGUGCACUGGCCGCUGGUCCUUGGCUGUCGGUGCAGGUGUCAUUCCUGUUUCUCUCCUGUUCAGACUCCGUGCCGAGACUGGUGCUGCUGACUUCAUGCUGGGAACAGGAAAAGGCACAUGGUUCUGUCAUGUUGGCAGAUUUAACAGCAGGAAAAGGCACAUGGUUCUGUCAUGUUAACAUUUAACAGCACAUGGUUCUGUCAUGUUAACAGAUUGAACAGGAAAAGGCACACGGUUCUGUCACAUUAGCAGAUUUAACAGCUUUCGAAAGAUGAUCUUUUCACGACUUUAAACUUGCUAGUUGUAAUUGUUUUACAUAAUUUGUAAAUAAAAGACUUUAUGAAACACU